AAGCAGCAAGAUGAGUAUUGGGUAACAAUAGAAAACCCGGGAUUUGGGUAACUUUCCCAUGAGGAAUUGCGAGUAUCUUUUCUGUGAAACUGCCUAGUGCUGUGAAACAUUCUUCAUCAGUGCACUUGAUGUGGGCCUUCUGGAGAGGGAAAUCUCAGCAACUGCUAAAAAACCAGCUAGGUUUAUGAUAAUUUUCUUUCGCAGUUGACUUUUAAGGGCAAUAAUCUUAUCAAAAGGAGGUCUGAAGAAAGGCAAGUCACAGGUGAUAAGAAGUGAGUGUCAUGAUGCACAGGUUGCUGCUGCUCCUUCUCCUGGUCAGCUUCAGCUCACCUGCACCCAGGCUUUCCGACAAAGAUGUCUGCCUCCAAGACAACAAUAAAUUAAGACAAAGGUUAAAACAACUUCAAGACUUGCUUUACUUAUACGAGCUGCAGCUGAAGGACAUCCUGGAGAACACUUACCACAGAACAAAAAGUAGGCUGUUCUCAGGCAAUAGGAGUGUGCAGCAUGAGAUGCUUUUACCCACAACCAGUGGAAAUUUGAUAGUUUACGACCAAGAUUGCUCUGCGGUGUAUAAUCGGAAGAAAACCAAAAGUGGCUACUACCGAAUCAGGCCCAGAGCAGACCGAGAGCCUUUCCUGGCAUACUGUGACAUGUCUGAUGGAGGGGGGUGGACAGUCAUCCAACGGCGGAGUAAUGGCAGGGAGAAUUUCAACAGGAAAUGGGAUGAUUACAAACUGGGAUUUGGGAGAUUCUAUGGCAAGAAUGAUGAAUACUGGUUGGGCAACGACCACAUCUAUGACCUGCUCGCUAGAGGAGAGAGCUCAUUAAAGAUUGAACUGAUGGACUGGGAUGGGGAAAGACGUUACGCAGUCUAUGAAAAUUUCCAACUUGCAAAUGAGCAGGACAAUUACAGGUUAUGGUUUGGCACCUAUUCUGGUAACGCUGGCGACGCUCUGUCUGGUGGGAGCAAUUUUGAAGAUCAGUGGUCAGCCUCUCACAGAGGGAUGCAGUUCACCACAUUUGACAAGGAUCACGAUCGAUUCCUCGCAGGCAACUGUGCAUCAGAGAAUAAGGGCGGUUGGUGGUUUAACAGGUGCCAUGCUGUAAACCUCAAUGGACGAUACUACAGAAGAGGAAGGUACAAGGGAUCCCAUGACGAUGGUAUGGUUUGGUCUACGUGGCAUGGGACGUGGUACUCGCUAAAAUAUUCAGCCAUGAAAAUCAGGGCUCCGUUCUUCGUUGACAGCGAGAGUGGAGAUGGAGAGAACAGUCAGGGCAGCUGAAACCUGCUGCUUUGGAAAGAGGAAAAGUACAGGCUGAAAAGAAUUGUGUAAGUUGAUAGCC